ACAAUGUCACCCCCUCAACUUAUAAUUUUCCUUACCCUCGCCUGCCAAUGGAAAAUAAGCUCCUUUGUCAAAUCAACGGAUGAUAAACCGACAAAGGGAAACGAAAAAAUCUCCCGCGAAUGGCGUAGAAAGCAGAGCAACACAACCCACCGGACCAGAAAUGUGCAGUUUACUUUUCGAGUUAUCUCAGGUUUUUCUUGGCGAGGGGAAACGCCAAGCCUAGGAACAUGUUCUCCUUCACUUCUGGGACUCACCCUUUAUCCUCUCCUCGGAAUCUCGGUCCACCUCCCCCUGUUUCCGGGGGAAAGAUCCAAUCUUUAUCCCCACGGCUCUCGUCGAUUCAUCUCCGUCGACGAGAAUCGCCAAUAAAUGGGAAGUGGGUUCGUCCAAGACAAGGUCCCAAGCGAAAUCGGCAGACUCUGAUGACCCAGUUAUCUCCGCACCGAAUGCACAAGGUGGCGGUGGUCCGUCGACCAGCUUCUUGUCCGUGCUCUGUCCCUUGCUCAAGCUCUUUUCCGGAGGAGAUCCCUCCGGUCAAAGGAAUGACGCUUUGGAGGUGGCAACCUCUUCAGUAUCCACCUUGGCAAGACUUCCAUGGGGUUCAAGAUCAGUAAUUAAUUUGAAAGAUGGUGAAAUCACGGUUCCAGGUCCUCCUAGGCCUUUGCAAUUGUUUGAAUUUGAGGCAUGCCCCUUUUGCAGGAGGGUCCGUGAGGCCAUGACUGAGCUAGAUCUUUCUGUCGAGGUCUAUCCUUGCCCAAAAGGGUCCGUAAGGCACAGAGAACUGGUCAGAAGUCUUGGUGGCAAAGAGCAGUUUCCUUUCCUGAUUGACCCAAACACCGGUGUCUCAAUAUAUGAAAGCAGUGACAUAGUCAAUUAUCUAUUUGAGAAAUAUGGCAAUGGUAAAAACCCAAGUGCUGGGCUACUUCAAAGCACAUUAUUCACGGGAUGGAUGCCAACAAUUCUUAGAGCAGGUAGAGGAAUGACAUUAUGGGAAAAGGCAAGACGAGACCAACCGCCAGGAAUGUUGGAACUUUUCUCAUAUGAAAACAAUCCUUAUGCUCGAAUUGUCCGUGAGGCGCUUUGUGAGUUGGAGCUUCCUUACAUCCUGCAAAAUGUUGGAGAAGGAUCUAGACGGGAAAAGAUACUUAUGGACCUAUCCGGAUCAAAAGAGGUGCCUUUCAUAAUUGAUCCCAACACAGGCAGUAAGAUGGGUGACUACAAGAAGAUCCUGGAUUACCUGUUCCAGACAUACUCUUCUGCUGCUUAGCAAGAUUAGGAGUGUAUAGAUGUACCUGCAAUCUGAACAAACAUUUACAUCCGUUUGGCUAUGUUACUGCAUGUCUGCAGAUGUGCCUUUGUGAUAUCUACAAAUAAUUCCAUGCAUAUACUUACAUGUCAAGAAAAUCUCAGGCCAACUGCUUGUAUGGCGGCAAAGGGUAUCUCUAUGCUGCCGCGCCCACAUGUAUGGACUGUCAUUACGCGACCCGGAGAACCGGAUGUGACCUAUUUGUUACAGGGACUUGUAGAAAACUUA